AUGUGCUCCACAGCUCUCAGCUUUUUUGCUUCUGGCCAAAACUAUGCAAAAGUUCUACACGCUCUUACCAUACUUGAACUUUCCACUCACACUUUUGGAGCAUACAUCAUCAUUGCAAAAACGCCGAAAAGGCUGGAAUCCGUGAAGGCCAGCAUGCUAUAUCUUCACUUUGUCGGAGCAUUUGUAGAUGUUGGUUUCAGUGUUUUCACUAUGCCAGUCCUACAUUUGCCUGUUUGUGGAGGCCAUCCGCUCGGGUUACUUUCAUUUCUCGGCGUUCCAGUCUCAUUGCAAACUUAUUUCGGACUUUCUUUACCUACAUUAAUGGUCGCGACCAUUGUGGUAUUUCUGGAAGAUCGUCGAUAUCGGUUGGUUAACGGUCAAAAGUCGAGCAAAAUCCGAAAAUGGUAUCGGUUAUUAUUUGAUGCUUUUCAUUAUGUUUAUGCCACAACAUACCAUGCGCCGAAAAUUCAGUGUAUUCCAACAGAAGUUUACGAUCAUCCGCACUUCUUUUUGCGCUAGCACAAUGGGACUCGCAUUGUCACUUGUAUAUUAUUCUUGAUGAGUAUUGUUUUUUCUCAAAUGUUUUUGCAAGUCGGGCUUAUUUUUCGUCAUUUGCUCAAAAAUACGCCCGUUUCUAGAAGUACAAGUCGAUUACAGAAGCAAUUUUUCAUCGCAAUGAGCAUGCAAGUUAUCCUUCCAAUUGUCAUAAUUGCUUUUCCUGUUUUUUAUAUUCUUUAUUCAAUAUCAACUGGUUACCAUAAUCAAGGUGCAACCAACAUAGCGUUCAUGGUAAUGUCCAUACAUGGAGUGUUAUCCACUUGGACAUUGAUGAUGGCAUACAGACCUUAUAGAGAAUCAAUUGUCCAAAUGUUAAAUCUGAAUUUCAAACAGCCUGGUAGCCACGCUCAACGUAUUUGGAAGCUAACAAAAAGAACAAGUACUCGAUUUUA